UCGCCAUCCUCAGCCACAUCAUCCGCAACGAUGGCUACACUCCACUUGGUGUGCAUCUAUCGUCACCUUUUCUAACUGGCUCUCGGCAUCGUUGCGUAGCUCGGCGCUCUUGGCAAUCAAUUGCGUGGGUCGUCACUUGUAGCUCGCUCCGUUGCCUUCCUAUCGAGCCUAAUUUCGUCAAAUUCGGCCUUGUAACGCUCGAGUUUUGACCUUCUUUAAGCAGACGAAUAGCUGCUGCUCAUGAAUCGGAGGAUUUGUUUCGUAAUUUAAGGUGCUGGUUUGAAAAGCGAGCUGUGAAUGCAGUGAAGCGUUCAGAGUAUUUUGGUUGAGGAUUAGCAGUUUGAAGCUAGGGAUGUGCAUGCAAUAAAUAUUUGUUGCUUCGUUAGUUAUCAGAUAGGGAAUAGCUGAUUGCAGUAGUUGAACUAUGGCAUUGCAAUGCGCACAGCUUCUCAUACCGACAGGUUUAAAGGCCAAUAGAACUCUAAAGGUGGUAGCAUCCUCUCGAAACCUAUCCCAAGGCAGAUUGUCACAGACUGGUUUACAGAAUAGCAACUCUACCUUGAAAGUGCGUUUUUUGCGUCACUGUAAGAGGGACAGUACUUGGCAUUCUAGACAGCUGAGUAGAUUCACUGUUUGUGUGCGUGCGGGGGAACCAAAACCUACUUGGAUAGAGAUGACUCCAAUUACAGGUGAAGCUGAGUUCAAUGAGGUUCUCGAGUCGGGCAAUCCUGUCAUCAUUGACUGGAUGGCAGCCUGGUGUAGAAAGUGCAUAUAUCUGAAGCCAAAGCUGGAAAAACUCGCCGCUGAGUAUCACCCUAACAUCAAGUUUUACUUCGUGGAUGUGAAUACCGUGCCAUCAGCACUUGUGGCUCGCGCUGCGGUAACGAAAAUGCCAACAAUCCAGUUAUGGAAGAACAAGGAGAAGGCAGGGGAGGUUAUUGGCGGAGAUCAAGCCUGGCUGGUGUUGGACAAAAUCCGGGAGAUGGUUUCUGCGAAAAAGUGAUUGUUUCCGGUUGAUAUUCAAUAAGUGUUCGAGGUAGCGAAAUGCAACAAACGGAAUGCAUUGAAUUCGUGCGCGUCAUUCUAUUUUGUAUUUUUAGUUUUGAAAUGAAUUGAGCAGCCUGCUGUGAUGUAAUGCUAGCUUGGCUGAGCUGCUCUGUAUUUUUACGUGCUUCAGUUGCUCUGAGGAGGCUCUCAAACGCUUCUCAUGUUGCCAUCCGUAGCUUUCUGUAUAACAAUUAUAUCUACCUGUACUCACGUAGUGGAUGUAGGUAAUACAUACACGAUUUUGAAGAAAAGUCUACACUUUAUUCCAUUGUACUUUACAUUGGAAAAAUUGACAUUGAUCAAAUGGAAAAACAAACAUAUCAAAGUAUAUCAA